CAACAGAGGCAACAUGGCGGCGUCCAGUACCGCGGAGCACUCUCCGGAGAUCUCGGCGCCGUUAAAGAUCCCGAAAACCGAGGCGCCAUCCCCGGAGUCUGAGGAUCUGAGUGACAGCAACCAGUACCACUCCAACCCCUCCACGCCGAACCGCUUCUCGCCUCUGAACGUGGGCUCGGGGACCGCGGGCCGGACGGCGGCCUCAUCCUCCAACAGCUUCACCGCCUGCCGGGGGAUGUCGUGGACUCCGUCCGAGACGAACGCCCUGAUCGCGGUGUGGGGCAACGAGCGGCUGACGGAGGCGAGGAUGCAGCAGCUGGAGGUCGCGGGCACCGUGUUCUCCGGUAAGGCCCCCGGUCCCGCCAUGUACGAGAGGGUGUCCAGAGCCCUGUCGGAGCUGGGCUACGAGAGGACGCCGUCCCAGUGCAGGGAGAGGAUGAAGACUUUGCGGCGCUGCUACAGCCGCGUGAAGGAGCACGGCAUCGGCAAAAGGAAGAGCAGCUACACCAUUGAGCAGCUGGAGAAGGUGUUCGGUCAGGGAGGCUGGGACUCCCAGAGCUGUGCCCCGGUGCUGAUCAACAGCAGCGGGCUGUAUCAGGAGAUGGAGUCCGACGGCAGCACCCUGGAAGACUUCUCUCAGGAGGACUGGUGCAACCAGGUGCUGGACUCGGCCUUCCAGGAGGGAGACAUGGAGACUGAAGAAAUCCAGGUGCCUAAAAACAGAGCUCUGCAGAUCCAAGCAGAGCUGUCGGAACAAACUCAAAAAAGGGACAUGAUGCAGACUGUGAUGCGCAUCCUCGAGUCGGUGCAGCUGAAGUGGGAGCACUUCCAGACGUGGACCGAGUUCUCGCGGCUGCACCUCUCCAACAAGCUGGCCAUCUUCGGCGUGGGCUACAACACGCGCUGGCGCGAGGACGUGCGUUACCACUACGCCGAAAUCAGCUCGCAGGUGCCGCUGGGCAAGCGGCUCCGCGAGUACUUCAACCCGGAGAAGCCGGAAGGGCGCAUCAUCAUGACCAAAGUCCAGAAGAUGAACUGGAAGAAUGUCUACUACAAGUUCCUGGACAUUACCAUCAGUGAGGCGCGCUGUCUGGAGCUGCACAUGGAGGUGGACUGGAUCCCCGUAUCCCAGUCCAGGGCAGCUGGCUGCAGCAGAGGCACAUCCCACUACCUCCUUCCUGCAGACAUCCCCAAGGCGUACGGACUGUACGCCAUUGGGUACGAGGCGCUGUCGUCCUCUAGCGACCCCGCUCAGACCUCUCCCCAAGGUGAUAGUGAAGACCAUAGCUUACCUCAGUGCGAGUUAGAGAACGGGUCACAGGCUGACGGAGAAGGUGCAGGGAAAGGUGACAGAACUGGGGUUAAAGUUACGUACUGCUAUCUAGGCAUAGCUGAGGACAGGACCAUACAGCAGUGUCUCUUCCAGCACUUUCAGGGCUCCGGCAAACACUACGUCCACAGCGAGUCCUCCGCCGUGACGCGUUUGCUGCAGGAGAACUGCCGCGUCGCAGCCGCUGCUGCCGCCACGAGUCAGGACGGCGAGGCAGGUGAAGACUCUUCUCAGCGUUUUGCCAUUUACAUAAAAUUCAUCGAGGUGGAGCUGGACUUCCUCUCAGCAGGCUCCCUGGUGGAGUGCCUGGAAACCGCUGUCGGUUAUCCCUUAAAAUACAACAACAAGGAAACAUCGUAACUACUCUGUGUUUCAGAAUUGUAUUGACUAAAGAUGAUAAGUGUUACGGCCAGUCAGGCGACAUGAAAGGUGACCAAUUCUGUCUCUUAUGAAGAGUCUGGCAGAUCUUUGCAGCCUUCACAGAACUGAUUUUCAUUAGAAGUCUAAAAAGAAUGACUAUGCACAAUAUGGCAAAUGUAUUGUGUAGAAAUAUGGGCUGAAGUAUUACAGAGCUGCAACAUCCAAGAAGUAUGUACUUAUUAUUUUAGGCUAAUGUGCACUACAAAGGUUUCUGCUGCUUGUUUAGUGUAGAUAAUUAUUGCCUCAUCAGGGAGUGUUGGGGGGGGUUUGGCAAGGUGACUACUGCAGUAUGCAUUUGUCUACCUCAGUAGGAUGUAGCAAACAAAGCAGCGAGGGGACCAUAACAUGUAUUUAUUGUAAAACUGCCUUUUUACUUUUGACUGUUGGAAGUCUGGACCUGAAUUCACGAAGCAUCGAAGAGCAAACGGCUGAUUCAUGCCUUAUGUUUUUGCACAUGUGAGCGGGGUCGCUGCAGCUAGGGAUGCUUCCACGCAUCUCCAGUAAGAGAAGAAAAGCAAAAAAAAUUGAAAAUGUAGUAUUUGCCAGUGCUGCACAGAUGGCUACUGGCCAUUAUGGGAUAUCUGUUUAUCCAGCAGUGUGAACAUUGGGUGCACUUCAAAACCCGAGCGGCCGGGUUGGAGCGUGGUUUCCUCUCCGCUCUGUGCGGCAGGUCAACGAAAUACCACGAGUACAAACAACGUCGUAAAUGAUUUUUCACACUGUCUAAGUGGAAAAUGUUCUGCAGUGUCUUUGCAGCACUUAAAGGCCGUAAAAUAUAAAAUGAAAUAAAGUUUAUCAGAGCAUUUCUACCCCCUGC